AUGUGUACCAAUAAUUCAUUUGAGGUCGCCAAUUACCUUGAACGUUCCUUGCUGCCAUUCCGCGUGCUAUGCUACACUCAGAACGAUCUUCUAUCAUCGAAGCCACUUCGCAGUGAAGCGUCAGAGUGUGUACAUCAGUUCUUUCCGAAUCGAUCGCCAGAGCCGAACUGUGUGCUUUCUAGUAAGCCGGAAAUUUUGAUACGACCACAGCUGCCGGAAACUCCUCAACGAAUACUAUUCAUUAGAACUGGACCUAAAUCUGUUGAUUAUCGAAACUUCAUCAGGGAGACAUGGAAGACACAGGUAGAUCUGAUCGCACCUGCUGUGUUCGUAUGUGCAAUGGGCACUGACAAUCUUACACUGGAGGCUGAUCAAUUUGGAGACAUACUACAGUUCGCCUUUGACGAUUCAUAUCACAAUUUGUCCAUGAAAAUGAUGGCUAUUUAUGGAUUCGUUCUGAGCGAAUUACCUUCGAUUCAUGACAUCGUUGUCACAAACGACGACACAAUAGUUAAUGCUACCGCUUUAUCAGAGGUUCUUCUCAGCAGGAGGACUGGUUCAUGGAUGAUAGGCAAGGUUUCUAGAGGGUACCCACGAUUAUUCAUGCCUUGGUUACCCUGGCAUGUUUCUGGUGAAAUGUAUACCAACCUAUGUUAUCCUCGUUUCACUCAAGGGUCAUCAUUUAUCUUGUCACGAAGUGCGGCACAAGUACUCAUCGAGAACGUUUGCAAAACACCGUUUGUACACCUUGACGACAUUCUCAUGGGAAUAAUCGCCUCUUGCGCUCGAUUAGAGCAACUCCACCAUGGUGGUUUCGAUAAGCACAUCCUUGCCGAUUUUGUUGUUUACCACUACCAAUAUUCUCGCCACUCUCCUCGCCACCUGCGACAGCUUUGGAGCUCGAUCUCAAAUCACUUCCAACAAAGUGACAAGUCAAAUAUACUGCGAUAA